UUGACAGUUCAAAUCGUGUCUCAUCGAACAACUUCGGAUAGAUUCGUUUACCCUGAAACUUAUAUACCCAGGCCAUGUCCUUGACCAAAUUUUGGUUGCAAUUAGCAGUCCAUGUAUGUACUGUACUAUGGUCAGUUUCCCAUCCCAUGUAAACAAAAUUCCAAAGGCGACUCGACAGCAAUUCAUUUUUGAUCGCAUGGUACAAUAGAGGGGAUACGAAUUUCCAUAGAAGGGAGAACGGCAUUGAGAAAGGUGAAGUGAAGAUGUGGCUGUGUUUUUAGUGGAAGUGGUUGUAGUGCCUCCCUGUCCGUCCCCAAUAAUUGUUUCUUCAAUUUGUAAAAAAUGUCGUUUAUGUUUAUUUAUUUUAAUUUGUAAUUAUGAAAAUUCGCGAUGGAUUCUGGAUUGGGAAGUGACGACGAAAAGAAAAGCCGCACCAAAGCCCAAAAGCAGUUGCAAAAUGAGCAAAAACAACUUUUCAGCGGUUGCUUCAUAGACGCCACAAGCCUUAGCGACGAAGGCGAAUUUGAGCUUAGACGAAGCGAUGAGAGACGUCAGGGAGCCCUUAUAUUUCGCUCGUCGAUACCUCAACACUCGAUGCUACAAAUGCCUUCACUCGACAGCGGCCCGACGAGCGAGGACCUCAAUGGCGAUUUACACGAGGAGAAAGUGGACGAAACGCAGACGGCGACGCCACACAAUUCUAUCGUACAGUUAGAUUCAGAAUUGGUACGGAAAACACCUGUCGGAUUUUAUGUAGAUUUAGGCAAUGUCGAGGUCGUCGAAAACCCACCUGCUGCACCACCCGUCGAAAAGAAGAAUAUUUUUUCAAUGACAAUCGAUUUUAAUGUCCCGAAACGGGAGAUGCCUAGUAGGCUUAGUACGUCGUUGUACAAUCGAAAGAAGAGCGGUCUUCGAACACCUCUAAGUUUGUCGACUUCUCGAUUGAGCGAUAGACCUAGUAGCAGUAGCAGCAAUAAUGAUGACUGUCCUUUGAGUGCAGAUGCUGCAGUUGAGGUCUGUGUUAAUUCAAAAUGUAUGGGCCGUGAGGAGGUAGCAAUUGAAGAGGAGAUACCUCGGGAGAUACCAAAACCAGAUUCUGAGAAAAUAGUACAAAAAGAAACUGUUGACAAUAACAAGGAACCAGCCGAUAACAUGUCCCGUCCUGCACAACAGUAUGUAAAAUUAUCUGAUCUGGAGGAACAAUCUCCGAGAAUGGAUUUAUUUUUUUCCCCGCGAAUGAGUCGAUCAAUACCGGAAAAGUCGUGGGUAGAGAGUCCACUAGCCACAUUUCGUUCGGCGAGUUAUCGAAGUUCACCGCAACCCUUCCAUUUAGAGUGUAGCGAACCUGUCGAAACGAAUCCACUGUCGGAUUCCAGUACUCUACCUCCUAAGAGAUCUGUGCAACGAUUGGGUACCGAUUUGCUACGGAUGUUUCUGGAGGAAAUCGGACCCGAUGUGACUGUGGAAGUUAACGGAAGAAGAUUGCGGGCGCACAAGUGUAUCUUGUCGUCUCGUUGCCAAUAUUUCGCCGCUGUUUUGGGUGGAAAACCGUCAGAAGAUGUCGUGUCGAUACAAGGAUACUCGUAUGCAGCUGUACAUUUUGCUAUGUGCCAUAUAUACAGUGGCGCCGCACAUAUUCCUCAAUCCAUUAGUGUUAUCGAGCUUGCGUCGCUGGCCGAUAUGUUGGGACUUGAAGGAUUGAAGGAAGUCGUAACACACGCUUUAAAAGUUCGCCAUUGCCAUAAUUUUCAUAAACCUUGCACCGGUUGUAUUUCCGGUGUCUUUGAAGUGUUGCCAUUGUCCGUCACGUACGGAUUAGAUGAUCUCUACCAGGCGAGCUUAAAGUGGAUUUCGCAGUACUUCAUUGAGGUCUGGCCCACACGCGCUUUUGCAAAUUUACCACGCGAAUUACGCGAUAAAUGCUAUCAACAACACGUUAUCUACAUGGCACCAGAAACGGUUUUAGAAACCAUUAUAAACUGUGAUACAUUGCUUGCAGCGAUGCCAACUGCAAAGUGGGCGGAGCAUGUUGCCCAGUUGACCUUGCAAUUAGCUGAUCAUUGUCAGAUUUAUUUAAGGCAACAUUUUUCGGCCGUUUUAAAUUGCCCCAGCUUUCUCGCAUUGAACGAUCAGUUGAAUACUCUUGCGCAAUUGGAGGAAACCUUACUUUCCGCUGCCGAGCUUUUAAAGCUAGAUCAAGCUUGUCAUACUUACCUCAAUUGCCAUAGGCAGCUUAAAAAAACGUGGAGUCAAUAUUUUCAAAGCUUUCUUCAUAAAAUAUGUACGCAAGUAGAAAAUUGCAUUGUAAGACAAAUUGAUCAAGCGUCAAGGAGCUCCGUUUGGAUGCAACUGGAGCCCGCCCUACGGAGGCGAAUUCGUGAUCUCAGCGCGGCCAAUUUACGAAGAAUGAAAAUAUCAAGCGCUACGCAACAGUCAAAGGUGAGACUAGACUUAAGCAGCUCAUCGGAUUCCUCCCGAAACUCAAGCCCUGCGAUUAAAAACACAAACCGUACACAAGUGCAGAGUCCAUCAUUACGGCGCAGUUUACUCAUAGCAGCUCGCACCCCUUACAUGCCCCCCAGUCCGUCGACGUACAGGCGGACGAGUACAUUAACAAACCCGACUCAAAGUAGUGCAGCUAAAAGUACCAGCAGAAACGUGCCCACACAAAAACCUGUAGCUCCCAAACCGAUCCAGACAAAGGACCCACCAAAACGACCGUCAACGGCCAGUACCGUCACCCAAAAAACCCAACCCAAAAGGGAGGUUCUCAGAAAAACGCCCGCACCCAGCGUUAUACCCAAGCGUACCGUUAAACCUGCCGUGCAAAGCUCUCCAAAGCGGACCGGUUCUGCGGAACAAAAGAAGAAAAGUACAAAUGUGGAUACGGCGCACAAGAAAUCGCCUACGGUUCAGCGAUCUGGUACGUUUUUAAAGGAAGAGCCGACCAUAUUGCACAAGCUUAAUUAGGUACAAACGGAACCGGAUCCGUUACUAGUCCAUUCCUAGUCUGGCUGUCUAAGCAGGUUUGAUCUCUGAAAUUUGCAAAGCCCAUUGAUAAUGUAGAUAUUAUUUUGUUUGUCGUGCAAUUGUUUGUUUUAUCAAUUUCUUAAGUGUUUGCGAAUAUUGGAAGUAUUCUUGCCAGUGGCGGUUUCUUAAUAAGUGCACAUGAGCACGUGCAUUCUUGCAUGUUCGUAUUCCGCUAUAAAAAUAGUUCACUUGUCUUAUCUGAAAUGCAAAACCUUAACGGGUAUAAGAAUGAAUAUUUCGCCUCCGCGUGCAGUGCUCAAGUAGCUACGAUCUCUGAUUUGUUCAAACGCUAAGUCGCCUCUCCCUGUGCGCCCUUCGACAGUCCAAGUUGUAAACUUUAGUAAGAGCACACUGUAAUUGUGAUCAGUAUUUGCCGGACUACGAAGUAAGUCCUACUUCGUUUCGGUUUUAAAAGUAACAUCACGAAUACUGGAUAAUUGUGACACCAUAAUAUCAGAAACCAAAAGAAGAUUUUUGUUCACAGAGCAUGUGGAAAUGGCAAAUUUAUUUUCGGUAAAACUUUUUGAAAUAUAUUCGUCAAAUUGCCCAGGAUUACAUUUAUAGUCAGCAAUUUGCACAUUUCCCUUUUAAAUAAAAACCAAUUAAACAAUCAGAUUUAGAGAGGUAUCCAGAGCAGUCUAAUUUUUAAUUGAAAAUAAUUUACAAAUAGAUUUCUCAGAGAUAUUUCUAGUGCUACAAGCAAUUGUUACGAUGGCCAUGACAACCGCCGAAGCCGAACGUUGCUUCUCUACAUUAAAACGGAUAAAAACUUUUCUUAGAAGUACAAAGUGUGAGGAUAGACUAACUGCCCUAGCAAUGUUAUCUAUUGAGAUUAUUAAUAAUUGUCCUAUAAUUGGAAUUUUAUUCUGUUGGGCAAUAAAUAUUAUUAUUAUUAAAAAUGAUUAAAAAAAUUCCAAAUUUUAACGAAUUGGUUAUUGAAGAAUUUAUCAAAAAGAAGGAUAGACGACUUCAAUUCCAAUAUAAAACGUGUUUGUGAAAUUUAGACACAAUAAAAACAAUAAGUGCUUGGCGAGGUACCUACUCAACAGGUGAGUUUUUUUAAAAAUUUGUAACUCACUAAGCUUUUUAAUGCCAUUUGAUAGGCCCAAAAAAACUACGUGUUGCGGUAAUACCCAAAAAAAUUUUCCGUGGCCCCAUUUUUUCUCCUUUUUUUAAUUGUGAUCCUCCAAGACAUACCACUACGUGCCACCACUCAUUCUUGCUUGAAUUUUUGACUUAAAUGCCUUCCACUUUUAAAGAUGAAAGAGAUGGAAGUGCAGUGUAGUAGAUAGUUUCAAUAGAGAUAAUGGCGAAUACAAUUAUUUUCUGUCAAAUUUAAGUGUGGCCCAACAGUAUCUGUCUUUCAGACUAUUUAUACAGGAUGGCACAUCUAAACCAAAAUUGAGUUUUGAGUACUCGUCAACGUGAAUUUUCAAAAGAUGAUUAGAAACUAAGUGAUCAAUGAUCACAUUAAAAAAAAGUGGAAAAGAAAAAGAAUAAAAGCUUUUUCGAGGAUGUGGUCAAUCUUCUUUUACUCAAUAGGUUUUAUGCUAGUUGAGGCUGUACACCGUCACUUGUACAAGUUAAAUACCUUCCAAGCCCAAGUAUCGCCUUUCUUUAAGGUUUUAUCAUAUCACUCUUGUGUUUUGAAGGAAAGCCAAUAUACGAAUUUCUUCCUAGGUGUAAUCCAUGUACCUACCGGUAACUAGUGCUAUAGCCCCACCGUCUUCAUCAGUAAACUGAAUAUCAACAUAUGCCAUUCUCGUAACCUAUGAAAGUGUAUUGUUUAUGAAUGUCUGUUAACUAAAAUUGAAUUUUAUUUUUUAUGUUCAAGCUGGUUUAUAAAAACAAAAGGUAAAAUUGUGAAAUAGGCGCCAAAAAAGAAUAAGGUUAUGUGCAUAUUCUUUUCCCUGGUUUUUUCCUAAUUCCUGUCGUUUUAUCAAUUUGGGCACACAUUUACUACGGUUGGAAGAUAUUGUUUAACUCUAGGUUUAACUACACAGAAUUUGUGUAAAUGAUUUUGCAUUAAAUUAACCCAAUUCCGAAAUGCAAAGCUACGCUUACCUUAUAUCACAGCUUUAGAAAUCCAAAAUGCAAAAAUGGAUUCUUUAUUUAUUUAUUUAUUUUUAUUUAUUUUAUUUUUUCCAACAGCAAAGCCUAUUACAGGAAAUUUCAAAGAAUAAACAAAAUGAAAAUACAAACUUAUAAUAAUGUUUCAAAAAAAAAAAAGUGCAAGAAAUUUUAAAGUUAGUAAAUAGUAAGUAAAUGAGAUAGGUACCUAAAUGUGUUUAACUGAAUUUACAAUUGUAUAUUGUUCCUUAAAGUAAAUUUGUAUUCAUUAAAAGAUGAAAAUAAAUCAAUACAAUUACAAAAUUGAUUAUACAAUAUGCACAUUUUGUUUACUGGUGACUUGAAAUGGUGAUAACAGCGUGGGGUAUUAUAAUAAAAAAACAAAUUAUGGCGUGAAUUAUGCCUAGGAACAAGAUAGUGCAACUUCGACACUAUGGUAACAUAAUCGAUUAAGUUAUUAGCAAGUUUAUACAGAUAUUCUAGAAUUUGGAAAGCGUGUUUAUUACUAACCCUGACAAAAUUAAACUCACUCAAUAGGGCAUUGUAGCUAUCAGAGACUUGCUAUAACUAGACUGCGCUUAACGUAUCUAAGGUGUUGUCGACACAGUAUGCAACACACAAUGCACCGCGGGGCAAAAAUCGCUGGGAUGAUUUAUGCA